GUGAACCUCGCCUGCCGGCCGGACCCGCCUCCCCUACUCCGCGCGCGCCAGCCUCAGGGAUUUGUCAGCUUGACUUGCUUCACCUUCCUCUUAAACUUCAUACUCUGUUUGGCAAACGAGUGCAUAUUUUACUUCAGUUUGAUUCAAACCUUUAACUGUGCACCUCAGGCUUUGUGUGACAGUUCUCAGCUGAGUGCCUCAGUCUUCCUGUAGAACAGUGGUGAUGUGCAAAGUUCGUUGAGACCUCUGGAAGAAAGCUGCUAGAAAGAAUGAAGGUCAUUACUUGUGAAAUAGCAUGGCACAACAAAGAGCCGGUGUAUAGUUUAGACUUCCAACAUGGAACUGAUGGGAAAAUAAAUCGACUGGCCUCAGCAGGAGUAGACACUGCUGUUCGUAUAUGGAAAGUGGAAAAAGGACCAGAUGGGAAAGCAAUUGUGGAAUUCUUGUCCAAUCUAGCUCGCCAUACCAAAGCAGUGAAUGUUGUGCGUUUCUCUCCCAGUGGUGAGAUUUUAGCAUCAGGAGGAGAUGAUGCUGUGAUUUUAUUGUGGAAAUUGAAUGAUAACAAAGAACCAGAACCAAUAGCAUUUCAAGAUGAAGAUGAAGCUCAGCUGAACAAAGAGAAUUGGACAGUAAUUAAAACUUUAAGAGGCCACUUAGAGGAUGUGUACGAUAUUUGCUGGACCCCUGAUGGAAACUGCAUGGCAUCUGCAUCAGUAGAUAACACAGCUAUAAUGUGGGAUGUCAAUAAAGGGCAAAAAGUUUCAAUUUUUAAUGAACACAAGAGUUAUGUACAAGGAAUAACAUGGGAUCCUGUCGGCCAGUACAUUGCAACUCUUAGCUGUGAUAGGGUGCUGCGUGUGUACAGUACACAGACUAAGCGUGUAGCGUUCAAUGUUACCAAGAUGCCAUCAGGAGCUGAAGGCGAGGUGAGAAGCUAUCGGAUGUUUCAUGAUGACAGCAUGAAAUCAUUCUUCCGCAGGCUUAGUUUUACUCCUGACGGCUCUUUGCUUCUCACUCCAGCUGGCUGUGUUGAAUCAGGAGAGAAUGUAACCAAUACUACGUAUGUUUUUUCGAGAAAAAAUCUUAAAAGGCCCAUAGCUCACCUGCCCUGUCCUGGAAAGGCAACUCUGGCUGUUCGCUGCUGUCCAGUCUACUUUGAGUUGAGACCAGCACGUAAGAAAGAUGAAGCUUCACAGAAAUCCAUCCCUGCGCUAAUAAAUCUCCCCUAUCGGUUGGUGUUUGCUGUUGCUUCAGAAGAUUCUGUGCUUUUUUAUGAUACACAGCAGUCCUUUCCCUUUGGUUACGUAUCCAAUAUACAUUAUCAUACUCUGAGUGACAUUUCAUGGUCCAGUGAUGGAUCCUUUCUUGCUAUUUCUUCCACGGAUGGAUACUGCUCUUUUGUGACAUUUGAGGAGGAUGAGCUUGGAGUACCAUUGAAAGAGAAACCAGUGGUGUGUGUCACGACUGCUAGUGCAACAGAGAAGAAAAUGAAGAAGAGUCAGUCACACAAGGUUGUCUCCCCAGUCCCCAGGCCAGUUGAUGGAACCCCUCCGAACAGGACCCUGGAUCCAAGUAAUCUCACUCUCCAGCCUAAAACACCAGCAGCAAUAAUAACCAACAAGGAUUCUCCCUCAACACCCGUUGGCAUCAAACAUAUUCCAGCUUCAUCUUCAGAGGAGAGGAAACCCAUGCAGCCAGCCAGCCAGCGUGCUAAAGUAAACCAGCCCAGGAGGAUUACUCUAAAUGCUUUACAAGGGUGGAGUAAGACACCAAGGAGAAUAAACUUGAUUCCUCUGAAGACAGACACUCCAAACUCAACACACACAAAUCUAGUGUCCACACCUUCCUCCUCAGAAGCAAUUCAACAUGAGAUACCUUCUCCCUCUGAUGAUCCUGUGCACAAUCCCCCAGCAUCUAAACGUCCCAGAACUGAUGAAACUCCUGUCUCUGCAUCUCCUGAAGAGCAAACCAGCUGUAGUUCAAACAACUGAAGACCAAAAUUUCAGUAAACUCACUGUCUGGGGGCAAUGCAACUAGACCAGAAAGUAAACUCCCUUUCUGCAAGUGAUAGAUCCUCAGCAGCUAAAUAGAGUAUUAAGGGAGUUUAACAUAAGGUGCUGUGAAGGAGGGUAUCUGCAGCAGAAAAGACUGAUUUUCUGCAAAAAUCCUGUUUUGGGGAAGUGAAAAUAGUUGGAACUUAACUAUGCCUGUAUCGGCCUUUGAACGCUGCUUUCUAAACCAAGUAGUGUCAACUGCAUGAUAAAGCAUAGUGUUUGCAGGCAAUAUUGGUAUAGAAAUGUCAUGACAACCUAAGAGUCUCCUUCAUAAUCAUCGCAUUGAUAUUUUUAAAGUAUUAAGUCUUCCAGCAAGUCUGUGUCUUGCAAAAAAGGGGGAUUUUUAAGGAUUUGUCUGUCUUCAUAGUGUUUUAAUGUGGCUAACAACUGUUUCCCUGAGGCAAUUGACUUCUACAUUUCACAGUUAAGUUUAUCAGUUUACAAGAUAAUUAUGCACUCUGACUUUCAUUCCAUUUGGAUGUUUAAUGUUUAUGUGCUCCACACUUAAAAAUGCAGUGCAAUAUCAGUGCUAUAAUUGAAAUAAAA